CAGGCGAUCAUGACGACGUUUUCUGCCUGGCUCGAGCUCUCGAUCCUGGGGAUCGCGAUCAUUUUGGACGUCUUGUUCAUUUUCAUCUGGAUUGCAUCAGCAUACGGGAAGAACUUGUUGACGUCAGAUUACAGUCAUCCCGAAGAUCUUCUCCCAGACGACGCUUCAGGCGCAGAAGGAGGGAGGAGCUUCUUCCAUGUCAUGGCGAGCUGGAAUUCGGAGGGAGCGAUGCUGGUCACAGUCAUAUGCGGGUACUUGUUCAUGGCUGCCCCGGCCCAUGUCGCCUUUGACCGCUACAUGCUGAAGCCGCAGCGUCUUGACGACUUGGUGUGUGUCGGCAUCUCAGCAGUUUUUCUCGUCUCGCUCGCUGCCUUGACGUGGUCGACGAUGGGGAUCCUGUGGGGCAUGAGGAAGCAGCGGCAGCAUCGCGUUCGAGCGUGGGCUGUCGCUGGGACCGGGACGCUAUGGGCAACGAGCACGAGCGCGAUCGCCAUGUGCAUGGCAUGGUCAGGGAGCUCGCCGUCUCCCAACGGGAGUAAAAUCGCCAUCACUGUCAGCCUGCAGCUUCUGCUGCUCUUUGCGGCUGGAUCGUUCUUAGAAGUUGUCGUUCUCUUCUCUUCGAGGCGGAGCCCCAGCAAGCCCCCAGCUGUGGCAUCUUUGCCGGAAUGGAUAAUGGCGUUGUAACGGACUCUUCUCUCAAGUUUGUGCAGUUUUACUUUGAGAACCACCUGUCCAUGC